AUAUAUGGAGCACGUGCAGAGAAAAACUUCUGUCCCGGAUAAAUAUAAACACUCCGCCUAAUAGUAUGCCAUGGAUUUCCAACAAUCCGUCGCCGCUUUUAAAACAAUUCUGACGUCAAUAAAUCAUGACAUUUUAGAGUCGUUCCUUUUAUGGACCAAAGAUUAUGUAAAUGAUGCCUUGAGAGAACAAGAAAGAAAGGAUAAUGCCAAUGUGAUAUUAGACUCCAUCCGUGAAGACAUCCGCAAUGAUCUGCCUCUGACAGCAAGUUCCCCCAGUGAGCAGUUUGUAAAGCCAUCAGCAGGACAAAAUGCUGAUUGUGACACAAGUUCUACAGUUCACAUUGAUGCCUUUUUGUAUGAGGAAGACGAUGUUGAUGAUCUUGUAGAGAGGGGACUACUGUCCAGGAAUUAUUGUGUCCACUGCCUGUCCAGACAAGUAAAACCACUAACAUUCAUCAGUCAUUCAGCAUCUGUCCCACAAAUCAAGUUCAUCUUUCAAUACCUUCUUGGAGAUUUAAGGCACAGAACGGUGGUUGAUGUGGGAUCUAGAACAGGGGCCAUCUUGUAUGGUGCAUACUUGUAUAGUGAGGCUCCAAACAUACUAGGCAUAGAGAUCGAUCCAAAUUUCUGUCAGCUCCAACAAAAUAUCAUUGACAAGUAUGGAAUGAAGAAUAGAAUCAAGGUUCUGUUCAGUGAUGUACUGGACCAGGCAGAGAUGAUAAACUCAGCUGAUGUAAUAGUGCUCAACAAUGUCUUUGAAUUCUUCUCAAGUGUGGAAGUACAGCUAAGAAUAUGGCAGUUCCUCUUUGAGACAGUUCGUAAAAAAGACACAGUUUUAGUAACUGUUCCAAGCAUAGAGGAAUCUCUGAGCAAUAUUGAUGCAGCUAUUGAUGUUCAGACGUGGGUGGAACCAGUGAAUGUGGACAAUGUAAGAAAAUCGGCAGUGCUAAAAUACUUUCCAGAUGAGGACAGUUCAGAUUUAGAUGACAUAUUUAUGUACCGGGUUAAAUAGUCAUUUGAGCUGCGUUCUUGGAAAACAGGGCUUAAUGCAUACACAUAGUAUCAUUCCAGAUUAGCCUGUGCCUAGGCUCAUCAGGGACAGCAGUUUCCACUUUUAUGGAAUUCAUAAUUUGAUGGAAGCUUCUUCUGAACAGAAAUCCAGUCUAGGGGAAAGUCUUGUUCCUAAUUAAAGUGUGCAGGCUGUACAGCCUAAUCUUGGAUGACACUUGACCCACAUGCAUUAAACCCGGUUUUCCACAGCACAUCUUAUUUAGUUGAUAAUAAAUAACAAUCAUUUA